UUGUUUCGAGUUCCUGUUGAUGUUAAUCCCGUGGAUGAUCCUUUACAACGUGGCCGCUUUCUCAGCAGUUUACAGCUCUGGCAGUACCAUGCCUCUGGCUUUCAGUCCGCUUCCUGGGGUCGGCUACAGGAGAUCGGAUACGGAGCUCACCAUAAAAUUGCUGUGGACGGCUUAUUUAAUAUUUCUGUUUGGCUCCCUCCUGGAGAGACCACGCCCCCUCCCUGCAGAUUCACAGGCCCCUGGUCCCUCCCCCUCACCGACCCGGCAGCCUAUAACCUACCCGGGUUUCCGCCCAUUCCUCCACAGUUGAUUCUUUAGGAUGGUUUUGUCAUGCAAAUAAAGGACGCGUAAAAUAUUCCCCCAGAGCGCUGCGCAGGGUAGAGACUCGCGCGGAGGACACAGACCGGGCCACACGGUGGAUUUGUUUCGUUUUCGUCGCUACGGACCCGUCCAUCUGUCACAGACACCCUGGCCAGGAGCAGCGACAUAUAGCCGGGACGUGUAGCCAGGAAUCAGGUCGGACCGUUCAAGGAAACCCUGCGGAGGCUGCCCUGUGGAGAUAGUCGUCAUUCUUCCAAUUUCCCCAAGUGAAGUCGGAGCUGUCUCUUCUCCAUCCCCUGCUAUAGGCUACCUGCUGCUACAAAGGGGAAUACGUCUAGAGACCCCUGGAUCGCUUGAGAGUACCCUUUUUAUAUUUUAGGGAUUUUAGGAUCUCUCAAAUAUUAACAUUUUUGCACACCAAGUGUGUUAUUUCCUCUUUUGUCCUUUUUUGGGAUAUACACAGAGAUCUUUUUUUUCUGUUUUAGUACUUUAAUGUGCCUUAAUAACUGGUUAUAAUCCAGUGUGAGUGUGGCAUUGUCACCAGACCAGAGACGCUCAACAGGGAGAAGACGAUUAUUAUCAGCUUCAGAGCCCAGGCAGGAUUACUGGUCCCCCCCCCCCCCCCCCUUACCCUCCAGCGAGCUGCAACCAUGAGCCAGGCGGAUGUGUCGACUUGCUCCGCGCCACAGAGGGUUUUCCAGGAGGCGGUGAAGAAGGGCAACACCAAGGAGCUGCACUCUUUGCUGCAGAACAUGACAAACUGCGAGUUCAACGUCAACUCCUUUGGGCCAGAAGGACAGACGGCCCUCCACCAGUCGGUCAUUGACGGCAACCUGGAGCUGGUAAAACUGCUGGUGAAGUUUGGUGCAGAUAUCCGGCUGGCCAACAGGGAAGGGUGGAGCGCUUUACACAUCGCCGCCUUCGGGGGCCACCAAGACAUUGUGCUAUACCUCAUCACCAAGGCCAAGUACUCCUCUGGCGCCCGGUGAUCUGUCUCUGCUGUCAGGUAAAAUAAGAAAAUAAAAAAAUAACAACAGGUGGAAAAUAAAACUCCAAUACACGGAAAAGUCAGGCUCUUGUAAAAGCGAAGAAAAAAAAAACUGCCAUUAUCUACAUAGGUGUGCCAAAUUAAAACAAGGAAAUAAAAAAUAGACCUGCACAAUACUCUUCCCUCAUUGUUAACCAAACGGGGCCCUCUCUGCACUCCUGAGCGAAGCACCGCAUGGUUCAUACACAGCGCUUCAACACGAAUCUUUAACAAAAGAAACGCCGUUUCGGUGAGUUUGUUGGUACUAAAGCUUUCCUCUUGAAUGUGUAUCGUCCACUAUAAAAAAAAAAAAAAAAAAGCCAGUGUACCUGUGUAUCACAUGUGUGCGUGUUUGUACUCCAGAGUGCAAAUGGCCCAGUUUCUUUCUAUCCAUGAACUCCCAUCCCCAGAAUACUGUUGAAUAGUUUCUUUGUGGGGGGGGGGGGGGCUGUUGCUCCUCAUUGUUCACUUGUAAAAACCCUUUUUAAGUUAUUUUAUAUGAAACACGGCACUUGAUGCUAUAUGGCUGCAUGCUGGAAUAUCUAAAAGGGAACACACAUGAACAAGAGAAGAAGGGUUGCCCUCUGUUGGCUACCAUAGGUCUGUUUUCUUGAGGCUAAUAGAUUCGUUGGUUUUUAUUUUUUUUUAUACACUCAAAGAGCGGCAUCAUGGCUAUCACACGCUUUCAGAUGUGUAAUCAUUAUCUAACAACAAGGGACUCCAUCAUUGUUGUGAAGUACUGUACACAAUAGCUUUACUUUUUGUUGGUUUAAGAGACGGUGGCUGAAUGCCUCUGCCUACUUCAUGCAGAUCUUGCCAUGCUGGCGUCCAACUUUUCAGGCCAUGUGCGACCACUUUGCCGAUGGUCAUUGUGUUAUUAAAAAAAAAACAACCGCUGCUUUCGCUUUGUAUCAAAAAAAAGUCGCAUUUGGAAUUCACUUUAUAAUCUCCUUUCAGUAUUUUAUUAACAUCCUAGUCAUCACUGUGAAAGCAGGCUGGGUUUUUCAUUUUUUUUUUUUAUUUAUGAAGGUACAUUGAGAAGAUGCAUUUUUUUGAAUAUGUUGUGGUUCUUUUUUUUUUUUUUUAAUCUAUAAGUGUAAGAAUAUCUAGGGUGACUCAAGCUGCUUCAGACUCGUAGUAUAAACUGUCCCG